AUGUUUGGUGAUCUAAGCAGCAAGUUUGGGUCUCUCUCUACUCACGUUCAAAAGCUUGAGGUGCAAAUCGCUCAAACAGCCGAGGCGGCCAAGAAACAAAAUGAGGUAAACACUCAAAAAUUUUGUAGUGUUGUCUCAUCUAUAGAUGGCACUAUUGUUCCUACACUAUCUCAAGGGGAAGAAGAAGAAAAUGAGCCUAAGGAGAGGCACAAACCGGAGAGAUACAGUUGGGAAUCAAGAAGAGCUUACAAGAGAAGACUUGAAGGCAAGCCACUACAAAAACAAGAAGAUCCGGGGAAGUUUGUGAUAACUUCAAGUAUCAAUGGCAUUCAACUCCACGAUUGCCUAUGUGAUACUGGUGCUAAUGUUAAUCUAAUGUCUCUUGCACUUGCAAAAGAUUUGGGAUUCAAGGAAUUCAAGAGCCCCAAGAUAAGAGUCGAGUUCGCGGAUCUAUCGUGCAUGGAACCUUAUGGAAUGCUUGAAGAUGUCAUGAUGGAAAUAGGGGGUCGAUCGGUCCCAACUGACUUUCAAGUCAUGAUUUGGGAAGGCUCAAAGAGGAAUCAACUGAUUCUUGGAACCCCAUUCCUUGCUACAGCUGGAGCGGUCCUAAACUACUUUGGGAAUCAUCUAUCUUUUGGCCACAUCCGGCAAGAUAUCUUUUUCCCAAGUGUAAAUUUCAGGUCAGUGCCAAGUGCGACCAAGCUACCACCAGAAGAAGCCACUCUCAUGCCUAAGAAAGAAGCUGUGAUGCAUGGAGAAAGAAGAGAGAAUAUCAACUCCAUCUUACUUCCAACCUUUGACGAGUAUGGAGCUGAAGAGGAGACUAAUGGUGCACCUAAUCUCUUUCACAAGAUAAGAAUCUUUACACCAAAAGAUUCGGAGCUUAAAGGUGACCAAUCCAUUGAAGAGAAGCUUGAGAGAACUAUGAAGCUUUUCCCCAAGGCAUUGGUUUUCAAAGAUGAUGUGAGAGAUGAUCAUGGCGCGACAACACCACCACAAGAAGCCACUGAACCGGAGAAUGGAGAAGCUAAAGGGAUCCUUUGCCCUUCAGCCACUCUUCACCACGAUUGA